AUAGGUACUAGAUUGGCGCGAAAUAUUAACACAAUAUUCUGUUCUUUUAAUUCUCAGUUAAUUAAUGCUGGUGCCGUCAUAAUAUAUAAGUUAUGCCAACUACAAGGAAGAAAGUCAUAAAGACGGUGUAUAAAGAUGAAGAUGACAGUGCUGAAGGCGGCGACUUCAGCGAUUCCGGUUCUGAGGCCGAAAUAACUCCACCAUCUAGUUCCGAUGAGGACAUCUCAGAUAACAACCAUUCGGAAGAUGAUUUUAAAAAGAGCCAUCCACGACAACGACAGCAAAAAUCGUCUAAGGCCAGUAAGCCCAGAAAAGUAAACUUUACAAAAUCAUUUCUUGGUAAAAUAAACAAACAGAGUCAUUCACAGGAAGAUGAGGAACAAGAGGAAGAAACACCCUUUUCUGUGAAAGAUUUAACAGAGGCCGAUAAAUUACUUCCUUCUGUAUUAAAUUUGUCUGAAAGUGAUAGCAGUGAUGAUGAAUCAAUCCCAGCUCCACGUAAAAAGGCUCCUGUAGUUGCUAGUACAUCCAAAAUACUUGAACCUACUAGUGAUUCCGAAAAUAUAAUUAUUACAGAAUAUCAAGAUGUAUGGUCCCAUAACAAGGAAGAUAACAGUGAAGAAGUUGCUCGUAAAACUUAUUUGGAACUGGAAAUGCACAAUAACAAAAUUGAGGAAACAAAAAAAUCUAUUCGGAAUUAUGUAAUAAAAACAGACAGUGCUAAAGAAUCAAAUAUAAAAGAUUUACUGGCUUUGGGAGAAGAGGAACUGCUAGACAAGUCAGGAUAUAGUGCACAAGAUGUGAAUGAUGAUAGUGAUGCUGAAAUGGAAGACUGGGAGGAAGUCAAAGAGUCAAAAGGAAUACCAACACAAGGGCUACAGUUAAUUGUUAAUAUUCCUGACGAGUUAUGUAGGAAAAGAAAAAAGGUUGAUGUUGAAAUGAUGUUGAAAAGGAAAGCCAACAGGCACACAAAAGAAGCUCAAGUUUUUAAACAUAAGGUGCAUGUACUGUGCUGGCUAGGCCACGGAAACUAUAUCAGUCAAGUUAUAAAUGACCAGGAAAUACUGGCCGCUGUGUUGUCAUUGUUACCUUCAAAACAAUGUUAUCCUGGAGACCAAGUGGAUAUGAAAUAUGUGGAGCACAUCACAACUUGGUUCAAAGAUAAAGUAACACUGAAACAGGAUAAAAAUGAAAAUAAAUAUAAACCAAAAGCACCACCACUGAAAACUUUAUUGCUGCAGCAAAUAAAAAGUAAGGUUUUCUCAACAAAAAAGUAUAUAGUUUUUGCAUUUGUCGCCAUGCUUCGGAGUCUGGGAUUAAAGUGUAGAGUGAUGCUGAAUUUUGUAACAGUUCCUCUACGACCUCCGGCUUCUGAUCUUCUUUCGCUGUCCACAAAACCAACAUCGGAAUCAGAUAAACCAAAAGAAAAAGAUGAGUCAAGUAAAACACAAACGAAAAAACAGCCACAAGUUAAAUCGAAAGACAAGAAAUCAUUAAACAAAAAACCUAUUACCAAAGCAAAAAUACCUCAAUUAGAUGGAGUUUAUGAUUCAUGCAGCAGUGACAGUGAGAUGGACAAUAUUGUACAACUUGAUGGUAACAAUGAUACUAUGACAGUGAGGACACGAAAGGCAAAGAAUGAAAAUACUAAAAGCAUCGCAGAUCAAGAAAAUAAAGUGAGUGAUAAUGAUGCUUCCCCUCCAAAAAAACCAAGGCGACAAACACGUUCACAAGCACCGACAGCCAAAGCUGCAGUAAAUGCACCUGAUCCUGAAGUUACAAAGACACGUAAAGGUAAUCAAAAAAUAGAAAGUAAAGAUAAAACCACUAAUAAAAGAAAUGUUACAACUACAAGAAAAUCAUUGUCCUUAAAAAAAGAUGUGCGGAGUGACGAAAAGAAUGAGUCAGAAACAUGUGCUGUUGAAUCUCAACCAAAGGCAAAAGGUAAAAGAACAUCAAAUGUGCUUGCCAAAUCAACAGCAAAAUUAGAAAAACGCUCGGAAAACUCUAAACCAAAAAUUGUUAUAAGUAGUGUUGAGAAUAAAACUGUCUCGAGUGAAUUUUUUGAAAAGGAUGAAGAAAAUAUUGUUAAAAACAGAAAACGCUCUCGUACUACUGAACCGAUAUCAGAUAAAGUAGAAACAAAACCACGCACAAGAAGUGCACAGCAAGAUAAAAAUAAUACGAGCAAAUAUUUUCAAAACGAUGAUUUAAAAAAAAGCAAGGUAAAAUCUCCAGCAAAGAAAAUUAAAGUAGAAGAAGAUGAUGAUGAUUCAAAAAGAGUUAGUCACAAAGACCUUUCAAAAACGAAAGAAAAACCUAAAAGUGAUGUGUCAGAAGACCUAAAACAUAUCAUAAAGGGUAGGAUUAAAGAAGAAAAAACUAAAGCAAGUUUAAAAGUUGUGAAAGGUAAAGUUAAAAAAGAGUCAGAUGAUGAUAGUGAUUAUCUACCUGUUGAAUCGCCUAAACGUAAACCGUCGGGCAGUGACGAUGAUUUUAAAGUAAAAAAGACAACACCCAAGCCAAAAGGUAGUGCUACCAAAAAGAAAGAUAGAAGAGUGCUUUCAACCGAUGAUGAAUUGCCAAUAAAUAAGGUGGAUGUAUGGGCAGAGGUGUUUGUAGAAGAGCUAGAAGAAUGGAUAGCAGUUGAUGUUAUAGAGGGAAAAGUGCAUUGUGUUUCUGAUAUUUAUCGGCGAGCCACACAUCCGGUAGCGUAUGUAGUAGGUUGGGAUAACAACAACCAUAUCAAAGACCUCACCAAAAGGUAUGUGCCUCAUUGGAACACUGUAACGCGUAAGCAACGCGUACAACCUUCGUGGUGGGAUACCGCUGUGAAGCCGUGGUUGGGACCCAAAACUGCCAGAGACAGGGAGGAAGAUGAACGGUUGGAGAGAAUGCAGCUGGAAGCACCUCUGCCAAAAGCUAUAUCUGAGUACAAGAACCAUCCGUUGUAUGCUCUCGCGCGGCACUUGCUAAAGUUCGAAGCGAUUUACCCCCCAGACGCUGCGACGCUCGGCUUCGUACGUGGCGAGGCGGUGUACGCACGCAAUUGCGUAUACGUGUGCAGGUCUCGAGACACUUGGCUCAAAGAGGCCAAAGUAGUACGCCUAGGAGAGAAACCUUAUAAGGUUGUGAAGGCGCGCCCUAAAUGGGAUAGGUUAUCCAACAAGCUCAUAACUGAUAAACCACUGGAGGUGUUUGGACCGUGGCAAGUGCAAGACUAUGAGCCGCCGACAGCUGAGAACGGCAUCGUGCCUAGAAACGCGUAUGGAAACGUUGAACUGUUCAAGGACUGCAUGCUCCCUAAAGGAACGGUACACAUUAAAUUGCCUGGCUUAAAUCGAGUAGCUAAGAAGUUGAACAUCGACUGCGCGCCUGCCAUGACAGGGUUCGACUUUAAUGGCGGUUGGAGCCACCCGGUGUAUGACGGUUUCGUCGUUUGCAAGGAGUUCGAAGAAAUCAUCACUGAAGCUUGGGCCAAGGAUCAAGAAGAUCAAGAGCGGAGAGAAAUUGAAAAAUUCGAGGCGAGAGUGUAUGGAAACUGGAAAAGGCUUAUAAAAGGGAUGCUCAUAAAGGAAAGGCUUAAAGCUAAAUAUGGGUUCGAAGAACCGGGUACCUCAAAGGAUACAAAAGGGAAAGGUCCCAAAUUAGUCGUAAAGAAAAAGUAGUUGUAAAGGUAAACCACUUAGUUUCAGUUAUUGUUAUAAUAUAUAAGUAUCAGUACCUGGAAGGCCAAGCCUUAUUAGGAAUUGAAAAAACAACUUAAAAUGAGCGAAUUUCCUAGGACGAAAACCUAGCUGAAAAUUUUUCCUUACAAAAACGCCUACUUAAUUUUAUGGACUCAUAUCCGUUUCGAGAUACCAUUUGUUCUAGAUUACAAAAGUCUUGUUUUAAUAAGUUUGUUGUUAAAGAUCACGGGGAACAGGUUUCUCACCUACAAAUUGUAAGAUUUGUUUAGUUUUGUUAUUGAUUUUACUGUACAUUAGCGUAGUAAAUGUUUUGUUUUUACUAAGUAACUAACUAGCUUGUAUCAAGCAAUAAGUUUACCUUUCAUCAACAUCACCUAACCUUUUUAAGGCAUUAAAAAAAUUCUCCCCGCUCAAGCUUAAGGCUGCGUUUCCACCAGAGA